AUGUUUGAGCCAAAUUAUUGCACCAGAAGUACAUCCCAGCCUUCUGAGAUAUUAAACAAAAGAUACUAUUUGUGAAUUAAAUUAGUAUUAUCUAACUCAAGUUAUAGAAGUCUGUUGUAUAGAACGUUGAAAGAUUCAGCAAAUUUCUGGUGGUCAUCCUUAAUCUUCUUAGUCUCUUCCUCAAAGAUCAUCUCAAGUCAGGUCUUCUCUUCUCCAGGUAGCUUCUGGGUGUAAGCAUAUGUAAAAAUAACUUUGAAUUCUUUAGACAAGUGUAUUCUACUAUAUCUUGAUCUUGAGUAAGUGUAGAGGCAUUCUAAGGCCUCUCAGCUCUUGAUUUUGUCAAUUUCUAUAUGUUGCAGGAAGCCUUUCAAGCCAAUUAAUGCUUACCUUCUUUCAUUACUGCACUUUUAGAGUCCUCCUUGUAUUUAAUCCCAAUGAAGAGCAAUAGAAACAGAGGCAGUUGAGAAUUAACAUCUUUCUGGAGAUAAUUCUUCACAAUUGAUUUGCAAGCUUCGAGGGUUGUCGUGAACUCAACGUUACGAUAUCUCUUAUUUUGUUAUCUUUUUGUUAUCCUGGAGGAAGAGUCUGUGGUAGAACCUCCUAACCAUUCUUAGCAUGGUUUUGUUAAUUACAUCCUGCCUGGACCUAUCCUUCUCAUUUUCGUUAUUUAGGGUCAAAGCCAGUGUAAGUCUUGAAUUUGGGAAGUAAUGAAAUUAGUUCAAGUGACUUUGAAGUCUGCUCUUUUUCAUCGACCUUGAACAAACUCAGCUCAAGCUUUGGAGUAGGUAUUCACUGCGGAGGCAAGAAAAGUGGAGGAUUUGAAUUAAAAGUGCCAAACACUUCCUCAACUGUUGGAUUUUUAGAUCUUUUUGCUUCCUCAUUUUUAUUAGACUCUUCGUUCUCAUGCAAUGAGCAGAUAAAAGACUGACCAAAGCUGUCUGGAACUCUUGGAGGACUUCAAUGAUUAAUAUUCCUAGGGGGUGUUUUUAUCACAUUAAGUGUGAGAUCUCACCCUUCAAGCUCACUUAAUUGUUCCUAUAGAAGAGGGAUCAAAUAGAUCAUCCUUUCACGGCCAGAAUGAACGAUAUAAAUUGCAAAAAAUAAAGCUGUUUUGCUAUUUUUAGAAGAGAUUUGAGAACCUUAUUAUCAAAAGUAUUCACAAUAAUUAUUAUCUGGUUCAAUACUAGUAGCAAUUCAAACCUUACUUUCAGACUAUAAUGAGGAAUCCUCUGGACAAAGAGCGAGAGCCUUGGUGUAGCCCAACAGAGAGAAACAUAAUAUCAAAAAUACUCUGGUUAUAAUCGAAAAUCAAAGUAUUUUGGCUUUCUGACAGAGUAAACAUCAGAAAACUGAAAAAUUAUUCUCUUAGCAAGCAGCUCUUUAAUACAGUUUGUUUGGAUUAUAAAUCAGAAGCUGUAGAUGUACUAAAUAGUUCCUAAAAUUUGAUACAAAGAUCUUAGCAUCAACCACCGAUAGCGAUUAUGAGAGAUGCUUUCCUUAAGGAAAUCUAGACUCACUAUAAAAUUUCUAUGGGGUAUUAAACCAAAAUAUAUUGUGGAAAGUCAGUAGACAUCUCACCUUCAAGUCAAUGUUGUCCAAAUCAGUGAAACUCUUGCAUUCCAUUUCAAAUUCGUCAGUCGGUAACAUUAUUUUUGGUGUUGGAGCUCUUUAAUAU